GGUUGUCAAGUGUUUCUGAAUGUUUAUUGCGACAACUGAGAAGAAAGUGAUGAUGAUAGGAUACGUUAUUUUCAUAGCUGCGUCAAUAUACGUCAAAGAAACGAAUGGUCAUGACCUUGGAGUAGAUUGUGUUGUUGCUAUUCCAGAAACAAGUUUUAUCCUCGACAGAUUAAGUUGUCCAAAGAAUAAUGCAACGCAUGACAGAUUACAAGAAGUUCGUGCAUUGUUUGAUUCCCAUAACAUUGACGCCUACAUCAUUACCAUAGAGGAUGUUCAUAUGCAAUUUACAACAUCGUUACAUGAUAAACGAUUACAGGCUGUAUCGGGAUUUUCUGGUGUUAUUGGUCUUGGAGUUGUUACGAGAUCCACGGCAGCUCUGUGGACUGAUGGGAGGACUUUUAUACAAGCAACCGAAGAAGUGGACUGUGGUUGGGAGAUCUACAGGAAAGGUGGUCCGAACACUACCUCGGUUACUGAUUGGAUAAAAGAAAAUGUAGUAGAUCAUGCAACAGUUGGUGCCAGUCCUAGUUAUAUGUAUUCAGUAUGGUGGAAGAACUUUGAUUUUGUGCUGAGCAAAUAUGAUCUGACACUUAAAGCCAUUGAACCAGAUUUAGUAGAUGAAAUUUGGAUAUCAGACAGACCCCCACAACCAAGUACUGAUAUUAAUGUUCUAGACAUUAAAUAUGCAGGAAGAAAAUGGGAAGACAAACUGAGAGACAUUAGAGAAGACAUGACUAAACUAGGAGUUGACGUUCUAGUGACAACCGGGAUGGAUGAGAUAGCAUGGCUUUACAAUAUCCGAGCAAGAGACAUAGAGUAUGAACCUUACCCUUAUGCUUUUUCCAUUGUGCAGCAUCAGACUACCAGUUUAUAUAUAAUGGACAGUAAAUCAAAGCUGUCCCGUCCUAGUUCAGAUCCAGAAAGCUUAGUUACUUUGAAAGAACAUCUGAAGACGAAUAAUGAUGGGCAAUGUUCCAGAUCCUGUGUGCAAACCAAGGAAUAUAACCAUUCCAGUUUCACUGAGGACAUUGUCAAAAUAGCUGGACGGAAAGACAUAAAGAAAAUCAUGGUGUCGUUUUCCUGCAAUUACAAAAUAUAUGCUUCGAUUCCUGAGGAAAAAGUAUACCAGGGAAUUCCACCAACGCUUGCCCACAAAGCAAGGAAGAAUGACGUAGAACGGAUGGGCAUGAGACACGCUGUUCUAGUGGAUUCCGUGAAACUGAUUUCAUUGUUUGCUCGAAUUGAAAAAGAGGUUUCUCAAGGAAUUCCAUGGACAGUGUACAAAGCAACUAUAGAGGCUAUACGUGCAAGAAGAGAGCUGGAUCUGUACAGGGACGAGAGCUUUUUAGCCUUGGCAGGCAGUGGUAUAUCAACUGUACCCCUACUAGCGUAUCCUGUAGAAAAUGCCUCUAGACAACUUGCUACGACUGAAUCAUUCCUAAUGGACUCUGGAGGACAGUAUUUGGAUGGAACAAGUGACAUGACCAGAACAUUCCAUUAUGGUAUUCCAUCUGAUCAUGAACAGGAAAUCUAUACAAGAGUACUGAUGGCCCAUCUCAACCUAGCUAUGCACAAGUUUCCUGUGGGUCGAACCGGAAAAGAAAUAGACUCGGCCAUUAGACAACCACUUUGGGAAAUCGGAGUUGACUAUCCCCAUGAAACAGGCCAUGGAAUUGCUCAUUAUGGCGUAGUUGUGGAAGGCCCAGCUCGUAUUUCUAGUUCUAAAGCUAGUUACACAAGUGACAUACCGUUGGAAACCAAUUACUUUGGAUAUGAUCAGACUCAGCUUCUUCAUAUACCGGAUCCGGCUGAUUAUCCAGUUGAGGAGGAUAUGUGCUUCUCUAAUGAACCUGGAUAUUAUGAAGUGGGAAAAUUUGGUAUGAGAAUAGAAAAUGUAGUAGUUGUGAAGAAAAUGAACAGAAAUAAUAACUUCUCUAAGUGCAACUUUCUGGAAUUUGACACAAUAACUUUCGUUCCAUAUGAACCUCAUUUGAUCAAGCGCAGCUUACUAAGUAAAGAACAGAUCAAAUGGAUAAACAAUUAUCAUAGAGAGGUUUUGGAGAAGGUGUCACCAUAUCUGAAAGAAGAAAACGACACAGUGGCUUUGGAAUGGUUAAAUAAACGAGUACGGCCUUUAUUUAUUACACAAAAAAUACCAGAAAUAGAUAAUACCAACAAUGGAUGUAUUUUGGUGACAUGGCUAAUAUUUUAUUUUAUAUUAUUUUUUAUUUCGAUCCUUUUAAAAUAAAAGCUAUCAACUACUAUUUUGUCAAAACUUUUACUGUUACAUUAAAAAUAUGUGCUUCAAUUAUAA